UCCAGACUUUAUUCAACUUGCAUCGUAUGACGCGACCUCCAUGUUUCAACGUCCACGUCGUCUGACGUCUGGUACCGGAAGAUAGAGCAGAAAGGACCAAUAAAAUUCUUCCUUUCGCAGCAUUCGGCAAAUCAACAAUUAAUUCCCUUUGGGAGCUAUUAAAAAACUAUUUCUGUUUACAUAUGUUGAACGAAAACAAGUUAUCGAACACUUUGCAUUUGAAAAUUUCAAAUUUUCAUGCGACUUAAAACCCCUUUAAUUGCGUCCUUAAGAACCUCUUUUAAAGGUAUUCCUAAGUAGAAUUAUUCGCUCGAGCGAUCCAAACAAUACUGAUCAUAAAUAAACAUUAGUUACAAACUCAGCCAUUUGAUUCAAAAUAUGAGAUAAUGUAUAUGUUCGGUGUAUGUAAAAAGGUUUCGGAUAACCUCUUUCGUAUACUGUAAAAAUGGCUGCGUUAUUUCGAUUCGUAAAAUAUUUAGGGAACAAUGUACAACUAUCAAGACAAAAUAGAAAUAUAUCAUUAUCUGCGACAAGGAAUAUUAAAGAAAUUAUCGAGAAGAAGGAAGGGAAUACUUUAACUAUCGAAGGGGUGAUUAAACCAUACGAAAAGGAGGCAUUAUUAGUGAAAACUAACAAUGGAGCUUGUUCAAUAUGUUCGCACGGUCUUGAUGUUAAACAUACAGAUGUCCUUAUUCUAAGCCAGUUUCUUAGGUCGGAUGGUUGUAUAUUGCCCCGUAGAAUUACAGGUUUGUGCAAAGUGCAACAAAAAAGAAUUAGUAUAAUGAUCCUAAUGGCACAGAGAGCAGGCAAAACCACUACCACGGAAAGGAUGUUGUAUUAUUCUGGCCUGAUCAGACAUAUGGGAGAGGUUCAUCAUGGAAAUACAGUAACAGAUUACAUGGACCAAGAACGCGAGCGCGGUAUAACAAUCACUUCCGCAGCAGCAACAUUUGAAUGGAAGAAUUAUCGUAUUAAUUUAAUAGACACUCCAGGGCAUAUCGACUUCACCAUGGAAGUAGAACAAACGUUAAGGGUAUUGGACGGUGCCGUAGUCAUACUUGAUGGUUCUGCAGGUGUCGAGGCUCAAACAUUGACAGUUUGUAGACAAGCCGACAAAUAUGACAUACCUAGAAUUAUUUAUGUAAAUAAAAUGGAUAGGCCAGAUGCCAACUUUGAUGCGAGCUUGAAGUCUAUAGAAUCAAAAUUAAACGCAGAGGCAUUGCCUACGCAAUUCCCAAUCAAGGAAAAUGGAAUUCUGGAAGGUAUCGUGGAUGUGGUUUCGCUGGAGAAAUUAUUGUUCGACAAAAAAGAUUUGGGCAAGAAGCUAACAAGAUUAAAGUUAUCUGAAAAUGAGGAUAAACAUUUAUGGGAAACGGCGCUUGAGAAGCGUAGAGAUUUAGCAGAUAAAUUGUCCAAUAUGGAUGAUAAACUAGCUAAUGAAAUCAUCGAACAAGAAUCUUUGGAUUCAAUUUCUCCGCAAAUGUUACUGGAUGCUUUAUACAGAACUACUAUAAGCAGGAGAGGCAUCCCUGUAGUUUUGGGUAGUUCUUACAAAAACAUAGGAGUGCAACCCUUAAUGGACAGCAUUCUGCUAUAUUUACCAUCGCCCGAUCAAAAUAAAUAUUUGAAAUAUUAUCAGUCGUUUGGCAAACAUCUAUCCGCGCGAGCGUUCAAAGUUGUCCAUGACAAGCAAAGGGGACCCAUCACCUUCUUCAGAAUUGUCACCGGUACCAUGGAAAAGGGUGGAAAGAUAUAUAACGUUCAGAAGGAAAUAUCGGAACAGGGUAACAAAUUAUACGUUGCCUGCGCGGACGACUACGAGGAAGUAUCAAAAAUUAGUCACGGUAACAUCGCAGCCGUUGCUGGAUUAAAACAUACCUCGACCGGCGAUUUAGUGACAUCCGGUCCAGCAGCAGCGAGCAAUGCGCGAAAGUAUCUGGCAGCGCGAAAGGACAUCGAACCGGAGGACGUUGAAAACUUUUUCACUUCAAAUUCCAAGAUACUGGAGCCUGUAUUUUUUUGCUCGAUAGAAGCACCGUCCCCUGCCUCGCAGGCAGCUUUAGAGACUGCGCUCGAACAGCUCGAGAGAGAAGAUCCAAGCUUGAGAGUGUCCCAGGACAAUGAAAAUGGCCAAACGAUACUCGCGGGUAUGGGUGAAUUGCACAUAGAAAUUAUCAAGGAAAGGAUCAGAUCGGAAUACAAAGUCGACGCUGACAUAGGCCAAUUGCAAAUUGCUUACAGAGAAACGAUAGUGAAUUCUAUCAAAGAUACCUUCACGUCCGAGUAUCAAAUAGGAAAAAGUAAACACGCAGUCACGACAACUCUAUCGUUGAUACCGCAUUAUAAAGGAACACGGACGUUGCUAUUGGACAGGACACCGGAUUGUAUCGCAAACAUUGACGCUAUACGUCCGAACAUGAUGAAGGCGGUAAAGGCUGGAGUGGAAUCGGUUAUGCAGCACGGGCCAAAACUAAGUUAUCCGGUUGUAAACAUGGCGGUUAAGUUACACUGGCUGGAACUCGGCGCUGGUACGUCGCCGACGAUAGUUACCGCUGUUGUUUCGCAAAACAUCAAAAAGUUGAUGCAAAGCAGCACAAUGGUAUUGCUAGAGCCAAUAAUGCGGCUGGAGAUCGUCGUGACCGAGGAAUAUUCUAGCGGUGUCAUGGCGGACUUGCCAAAAAGGCGGGCAGAGAUAGAUAACAUUGAUGUUCGCGGGCAGAACAAGGUGAUCAAGUGCUUCGCUCCAUUAUCCGAACUAUUGGGUUACUCAACAACGCUGAGGAUACUGUCGUCAGGUCAUGCAACGUUUUCGUUAGAAUUCGAUCAUUACGAAACGAUGGAUCCAAUCAACGAAGCAGAAGCUGUCAAGAGGAUAACAGGUUUCUGUUAAAUUGUUAAAGCUCAGCGAGUGAAAUAAAUUGGCCGACGCGAUGCAUAACGUGACAAAGGAAUAAAGUAAUCACCGUCCCCUCUCAAACCGAUAUAACACUUCUCGUAGUUAUUUUUAUGAAAUCGUUUGUAUUAAGAAAUCAGCAGUUCAACUAUACAAAGAUGAAAAUACGAUCACUCCAACGUAAGAGUUAUUUGCACAUUUCGAUUUACUUCCGACAGAACGCUGCAUUUAUGAGACACGCCAUAGCCAGCAGCUAAUGCUUACAGCUAAUACAAGUAACAAUUUAUUCGAUGGGAACAUCGUUAUUGUUUUCGACAAAUUACACAUGUUCCGGUCUCCUGUAUUCGUUCGAUCUAAUUAAAAUAUAUUGCAGCAUUAUCAAUGGUGUCGUUACAAUCUUUCUUAAACGAUCAUCGAUCCCGGCCGCCGAUUGCAAGGCUGGUUCGAAAUCGACCAGCUUGUAGAAAUAUUAUCGACGAGUCGUUACGAGGAAAAAGGAAAGAAAACGGAAAGCCUUCCAUCGAGACACCGACCAGCCUUGCAAUCGGCAGUCGUGUAUAAAUAUAUUAAUAUUGCUUAAGAUCAUGCAAAAAUGUCAUACAUAGUAAAAUAUAUGUAUGUGUAUAUAUUAUAUGUAUGGAGGGAUUAAAUGUUAUGGGGUGAGACUUGCAAACACGUCAGUUGCACAUAAAUCUUUUUUCGUAUUGCAUAAAAGCGGCUUUGGACGAGUCGAAAGGCAAACGAAUGCACAAUAAAGCAUCCGCAAAGUCUCCAAUAAAAUAUAUAUGUGUAUGUGUAUAUAUAUAUAUAUAUAUAUACGUGUAUGUAAUGUUUAUCGUCGUUAAGCCGCUUUAAUGGUUACCUUUGAAUUGUGCGACGCAAAGAUUGGAUGGUUAAAGGCGCAAUUCAAAGACGACACGACAAUCCUUAACCUACAAAAAGGUUCUUUUGAGCGCUAAAAACGAUUGCCUUAAAAACGUCCUACGCGGUUCUCGCCCGGUGUAUAAUAAUCACUCGUAUAAAAUUCUUCCCUUUUAAUUCGAUUUCUU